AUGAUGCAGCCGCAAGGUGCUCGGUACAAUGGCCACGACCGCGACCGGGAACACCAGUCGUCGCCGACCUCGACAAACCAGCAUUUGCAUCCUCACCCUCACUCUCAACCGAACCCGCAUUCGCAACCCGACCCCGCCGACAGCGACGAUGGCCAGAACAGCGCAGACGACCUCGACAAUGAUGACGACCAGCCCGAUGUAACUCGUCUCGGCAAACGCAAGCGCCCCAUCUCCGUGUCAUGUGAGCUGUGUAAACAGCGGAAAGUCAAAUGUGAUCGAGGACAGCCGUCGUGCGGGUGGUGCAGCCGCAAUGGCGCCGUCUGCGAGUACAGGGAAAGAAAGAAGCCAGGCCUGCGUGCGGGCUACGGCCGUGAACUAGAGCAGCGCCUCGACACUUUGGAGGACAAGCUCCGGGUCCACGCCGAGAUUCUGCAGUCCUUGACCUCGAACACGAGUCCCGUCAGCGGACACGGCGGCAACGGUCCCGGACCCACACAUCAUGCGGCACCAAGCACGAAGGGCAGCAAUGCUAGCAUGCCUAGUGACCAUGGAACACCGCGCGAGGCCAUCCCACCGAUAUUCGGCCGCCCGGGCCACGACACACUUCGGACUCCGCAAGCCGAGACCGCCCUCUUCCUCCAGAAGCCCACAACGUCGCUCGACUUUGGCCUGUCGACGGCGCCGGGUCAUGAUAGCUUCCCGGCUGUCAGCGGUAUAUCACCGACGAACCACAUCCAGCCGACUGUGCCGCCGAGCGCCGCGGCUCAGGAGUACUACGGGACUGGCCACGGCGCGCAGCUACAGUCACCUUCGACCGCCACGCAGAAUUCGGGACAGAUAGGCUCGGAGCAGGAACUCCCUCCCUACGACUUGCUGUAUGCGUUGGUGGAUCUCUACUUCAAACAUGUCAAUACGUGGUGCCCCAUUCUGCAUCGCAAGACUACACUGGAUUCGCUCUUCGGGCCGUCCAUGAUCGACGACGAAGACAAGAUCUUGCUUCAUUCCAUUGUCGCCACGGCUCUCCGGUAUUCGACCGACGUUCGGUUGACCGAGGAAAGCCGACAGCGCUACCACGAUGUGUCGAAGCAGCGUGUGCUCUUGUAUGGGAUGGAGCACCUGUCGGUCAAGUCACUACAGGCCCUCGUGAUCCUCGCAUUGGAUUUGUGUGGUAGCAGUAACGGCCCGCCUGGGUGGAAUAUCAUGGCACUCAUCACGCGGGCUGCGGUGCAACUCGGGUUGGCCGUCGAGAGCAAUUCCUUCUCCGUGGCACCCAGCUACACGUCCAUUUACACCCUGCGGGCUAUGAUCCUGCCGGAACCACGCGACUUCAUCGAGGAGGAAUCAAGGCGACGGCUCUUUUGGAUGGUAUACUUGCUUGACCGAUAUGCCACCAUUGCAACAGCGUUUGAGUUCGGUAUCGACGACUGCGAGAUCGACCGAACACUGCCCUGUCGAGACGACCUCUGGUUGAAGAACCAAAAGGUCGACACUCGCUGGUUUCGCGGCGACGACACCAAACCCGGGGGCUGCGGCCCCCCUGAACACGAAGUAGACAAGCCCGAGAACCUCGGCGCCUUCAGCUACUACAUCGAGAUUCUCGGCAUCCUCUCCAAAAUUCACCAGUUCCUCAAGCAGCCCGUCGACAUCACCGCCCUCUCCGACGUCGAGACCUGGCAGAUGCGGUACAAAGAACUCGACAACGCGCUCGCGACCUGGAAGUUCGGCCUGCCGGGCGACUACGGGUACAUGGCGAAACUCUUCCAGCCCGCCUCGGCCAAGACGCUCAACUGCGGCUGGGUGAUGCUGCACGCGACGUACCACACGGCCUUCAUCCGGCUGCACUCGUCGGCCGCCUACCCGACCACGCGCUCGCCCAUCUUCACCCCGUCCUUCUCGGCCUCGCAGCGCUGCCACGCCGCCGUCGAGAACAUCUCGGCCCUGUGCGAGUUCGUCGUCGCCAACGGCCUGCUCGUCAAGCUCGGCCCCCCCUUCGCCUUCACCCUCUGGGUCGCCGCCCGCGUCCUGCUCGUCCACGGCAGCACCGUCGAGCGCAAGCUGGGCACGCAGAUCGGGACCUUUGUCGAUACCCUCCGGCAGAUGGGGCGGUACUGGCCCGUCGCGGCCCGCUAUUGCAGCCUCCUGAGCCGCGUGCUCGACGAGCACCGCGACAGCGAGCGCCAGGGCGGCGGCGAGGUGCCCGGCAGCGUCAGGAUCUUGGCGGAUAUGCGGCGCACCGCGUUCGAUCUGGACUUUUUGAUCAGCCGCCAGCCGCGGCAUGUGCCGCCGGCGAAUGGGGGUGGGAAUGGGAACGGGGGAGGGGCCGGGGGCGCGGCGGGCGGGAAUGGCGGGUGGCAGAGCCGGCUUGCGAGCGCCACGCCCGCGUCGAGGACGCCGGCGCCGAAUGAGCUGGAAUAUCUGGACGUGUUUGACUUUUUUAAUGUGCCCCGGCUGCCGGUCGGGCCGGGGGCGGCCGCGGCGGGUGCGGGUGCGGAUGGGGGAGGGAAUGGCGUGGAGUCGGGGGGUGGGAACUUGAACGGGGCUGUGCCGGGCGAGUUUAAUAUCACGGACUUUAUGGUGGACGUGAAUCGGGACUGGCUGUUUCAGCAGGGUGAGUCAAAGUUUCUGAGUUGA